CCACAAUCGAAGACUUUAUACAGGCAUAUGAGAAGAGAAAUAUGGCGCCGACAUAUCCCUCCUUCACCCCACACUACCACCAUGACCAAUACCCUGCCAUUGACCCUACACAAGCAGCACUCGACUGCUCACAGAAGGUGGUCUUCAUCACUGGCGCAGGCAGUGGAAUUGGUGAAGCGAUUGCCAUUGCAUUCGCCAAAGCGCAUGCCCAGGGAGUGGUGCUGCUAGGCCGAACGCAAUCCACACUCGACGACACAGCGGAGAAAGUGAAGGCUGCGAGCAACGGCCGCACAGAGACGCUCGUCACCGUGGCGGACAUUACGAAUCAAAGUCAAGUGGAAGCGGCAAUGGAGGCCGCGAUUGGGCAUUUUGGCAGUCGAGUACCUGAUGUUCUAGUCAAUUGUGCAGGCGGCAUGAUCGGCCGCGGGAGUCUGACCGACGUCGACAUCGACGAGUUCAUGAAAGCCUUCGACCUCAACGUCCGGGGGCCACUACAAGUCGCGCAAGCGUUCAUGCGAGCGAGUCGACAACACGACCCAGACAAACCCAAAACAGUAAUAAGUCUGCCCUCGGGAGCUGCGCACCUACCCUACGCCCCCGGCGGCGCAUCCUACGCCUGCUCCAAGCUCGCCGGCGCGAAAAUCCUCGAGUACAUUGGGCACGAGAAGCCGACGUGGAAUGUGUUCAACAUGCAGCCUGGCGUGGUGGCGACGGAGCUGGCGCGGCAGACGGGCAGGAACGCGCCGGAUAGCCCGGAGCUGCCGGCGGGCUUUGCGGUGUGGUUGGCUGCGCAUCCGCGCGCGAGGGAAUUGAGCGGGAGGUUUGUGUGGGCGAAUUGGGAUGUUGAUGAGGUGUUGCUUAGGAGUGGGGAUAUUGCGGGGAGGGGACUGCUCACGCUGGGGUUGAAGGGGUGGGCGGAGGAUUAUAGUGGUGAGGACUUGAUGCGGAUAGUGGCGAGUAUGCGGCAGAAGGAUUAGACAGUGGCCUGACUUCACACAAGGCUCCGGUGAAGCAUUGCGGCGGCGAACUGGAGGCGCUUGGUAAGACAAGCGACCCGUUGGACGGCGCUGAGUCAAUGGGUCAAGGUUGCCAGAAGUCGAUGUUCGCCAUAACCCGCGAGGAGUGCAUCGUGUAUGCCAUGACAGAUCAAGCUCGCCACAAGGCCACAAGUGGCAACGUCCUACCACCUGGCCCGGCUAGGAUUGACAACGGGAUGCGGGAUUCCAUGUCGUGCCUGGGUCAAUAUUG